UUUAAAAUAUACUGUAUAUGUCGGUAUAUGUUUUUUUCAACGCAUUUUUACGCAAUACAUUUAUUUUAGUGCACUGUAAAUGUUACGGUGGAUGACGAUAACAUGAAAUAUACUUUUAAGAAAUAAAACCCGCCUUGUGUUUGAUUGAACAUUUGGGCCAACUACGCGACCGGAUUUUUAUGUUGGUCAUGAUGGUGGUACUUAGGGAGUUAAAUUAAUUUUUUUAGGUGGUUCUUGGUGUAAAAAAAAAUAAAAUAAAAUAAAAAUGUGAGAACCACUGCUUUACCUUGGCCUUUGUGUUUUGGGUGUCAGUGACGAUAUACUGGAUUCUUGUUUUGGGUAUUACGGGUAAUCACGAUAGGAAGGAUUAUUGACCCUUUGAGCGCACCCAUCUCGUUGUGGUCAUCAGAUAAACAGGAUUCUUGCCCUUAGAACUCAGACAUGUUGUUUAGGGUAUUAGUCAAAGACAAACAGGAUUCCUGCUCGUUGACAUGGCGCCGCAAUCCCCCGGAUACUAGCAGAUAUCAAAAUAUUAACGUGAAAUGGCGAUUUGCUAUUUUGGCCGUCUCAUCCAAAAUAGAUAUUGUGAUCAACUGUUGCCAUUAAAGGGGGGAAAAAAAAGCUGCUUGUCUCUCUUGUUCUUUCAAUUUUCCUGGAAUCAGGGAGUGUGAUCCCACUCAUAUUUGUCAUGUGAAAGCCAAAUAAAUGGGUUGCCGGGUGAGUCAUCAUCAUCAUCAUCAUCAUCAUCCUGUUAACCAACGGGAGAUUGCAUUUUAUUUCCUCUCCCGUGGAAAAAAAAAAAAUCCACAGAUGACUGCCGCGUUCUCCUGGCAAAAUCCGAUUUUUUUUUCUCCCUCUCUCACUAAUCCCUCGUCACAAUCUGCAUCCUGUGUGCGUCUGUGUGUGUGUUCUCUGGAUUGGCACAUUGUCUCCUGAGCCGGGACACCACUAAGGCGGCAGAGGCGGAGCGACGGCUAGAGGGUGCCGGCAGCCGCGGGACAUCCGUGGGGAAAAGUUUGGACGACGUUCUGACAAGCAUCCGUCAUGCCCACGGCCAACGGACGAGCAUCCGUCAGACGAGCUCGGUGGCGCCGGCGUCGCCCCGCCGCCGCUCAUGUUUGACCCUGUUUUUGGGGUUUUGUUUCUCCCCGACGUGGAUGGGCAGGUGUGGAAAAAUAAAAAUAAAGAAGACCAAAAAAAAAAAAAUGCGGCUUUGGUGGACUUUAACGUUUGGAUUUUGGAGCGUCUGCGGCGAGCUGCCCUUCAUCGCAGAGAACAACGCGGCAAUGCUGGUCAACUGGAACGCCGUUGAUGGCAACAAAAAGCUUCAUGCCAUCUACGAUACCAGCGUCAAAGAGCCUGGCAACAUGUCUUUCGUCAAAGACACGGUGGACAAACUUUUAAAAGGAUACGACAUUCGUCUCAGGCCAGACUUUGGAGGUGCCCCUGUGGCUGUUGGCAUGAGCAUAGACGUGGCGAGCAUAGACAUGGUCUCCGAAGUGAAUAUGGACUACACGCUGACCAUGUACUUCCAGCAGUACUGGCGGGACAAGCGGCUGGCCUACUUGGGCAUUCCCCUCAACCUCACUUUGGAUAAUCGGGUGGCGGACCAGCUGUGGGUGCCCGACACCUACUUCCUCAAUGACAAGAAGUCUUUCGUGCACGGCGUCACCGUCAAGAACCGAAUGAUCCGGCUGCACCCGGACGGCACCGUCCUCUACGGCCUCAGAAUCACGACGACGGCCGCCUGCAUGAUGGACCUGAGGCGAUACCCGCUGGAUGAACAGAACUGUACAUUGGAGAUUGAGAGCUACGGAUACACGACGGAUGACAUCGAAUUCUACUGGAAAGGAGGCGACACGGCCGUGACGGGGGUGACGCGCAUCGAGCUCCCGCAGUUCUCCAUCGUGGACUACAAGCUGGUUUCCAGGAACGUGGUCUUUUCCACUGGUGCCUACCCUCGACUGUCUUUGAGCUUCAAGCUGAAAAGGAACAUCGGCUACUUCAUCCUGCAGACGUAUAUGCCCUCCAUCCUGAUCACCAUCCUGUCCUGGGUCUCCUUCUGGAUCAACUACGACGCCUCGGCCGCCAGAGUCGCAUUAGGCAUCACCACGGUCCUGACCAUGACCACCAUCAACACGCACCUGAGGGAGACGCUGCCCAAGAUCCCAUACGUCAAGGCCAUCGACAUGUACCUGAUGGGCUGCUUCGUCUUCGUCUUCCUGGCCCUGCUGGAGUACGCCUUCGUCAACUACAUCUUCUUCGGGCGCGGUCCGCGCAUGCAGAAGAAGCUGGCCGAGCGGGCGCAGAAGGCCAACAAUGACCGCGGCUCUUUUGACCGCCCCAAGGCCGAAUGUCAGGGCAACAUCUUGCUGACAACACUGGAGAUCCGCAACGAGGUGGGCGUCCACACCGUCACCACCAGCAGCACCCGCAGCAGCACCACCAGCAGCCUGUACGAUGCCACGGCAAACUCCACCCCCGUCCCGCUGGACAACUCCUCCGGAGUCCAGUACAGGCGCGGCGGGCGGGCUGCGCGUCCCCCCGGCCCGGACGGGAGGAGGAGCCGACUGAGAAGGCGAUCGUCACAAUUGAAGAUUAAAAUCCCCGACCUGACGGACGUCAAUGCCAUUGACCGGUGGUCCCGCUUCAUCUUUCCCUUCUCCUUCUCCUUCUUUAACGUUGUCUACUGGCUCUACUACGUCAAUUAACGUGUGUGUAUGUGUGUGAGACGCUCGGACACUGGUCACGUUGCAGACACGCGAGCGUCCAUGUCAAGGGCACGGCCGCCAGAUCGUCCUCGGCGUACAGUCGCUAUGAUGCCACGUACAGUGGAGUCUCUAAGGUCAAACGCCACAUCAAAGUAAUGUUUUUCUCAUAGGAAAUGAUGUCAGGACAGCGACCAGUCCCGGGUGCAUCACACGUCUCUCAACAUUAUUUUAAGGUUAAUUAAGGUCUCUAAAUUGUACAAGGGGGUGAGUGUGAGUGGCCAUUUGUAUAUGUGUGCCCUGAGAUUGACUGCCGACCAAUCCAAGGUGUAUCCCGUUUCUCUUGCCAUAAAUCCUUAGUUAUAAAUUAAUAAAUUGAUCCAUAAGACUAAAUUGCCCAUAGGUGUGAAUGUGACUGUCGUUUGUCUGUAUGUGCCCUGAAAAUAAUCGGUGACCAGUCCAAGGUGCAUCAUGCUUCUUUUGCCAAAGUCAUCAGAUUCAAAAUGGUCUAAAUGUGAAUGGUCGUUCGUCCAUAUGUUCCUUGCGAAUGGCCGAUGAUCAGUCCAGGGUGUGUACCGCUUAACUUCUCAAAAGUCCUCUUUUUUUAAAAUUACAGACUCCAAAUUGUCCAAAGGGUUGACUGUGAGUGGUUGUUUAUCCAUUGGCUGGUGACCAGUCUUGGGUGCACCCCACUUCUCUCGCCAAAAAUCAUCUCGGGUAUGCGCGUCGGGAGAGGUCCUUCACCAUUUGAGGUUCCACUGCAUUCUGCAACGCUGAAGUUAGCAUGGAUGCUAAGAUAAAUUUGGCGUGUGCGUCUUUGAUGUUUUUUUUCCCCAACAGACUGACCACCGGACUUUUCAUUGUUUUCAUUUUGUGUUGACUUUAUAAAAACACACAGACAAAUCCCA